GCAGCGACUCCCCUGCAGCCGCGUUUCUCGCUCAUUCCCAGGUCCACCUUGUGUUUUUCUACCUGUUCGGGUUUCUCUCUCUUGGUCUCUCCCCCCCCCCUUUUUUUUUUUUUUUUUUUUUUUAAUUUCUUCUCUCCCCCUUUUUACGCGGAUAAAGGUUUCAACGAGAACAUACGUUUAUGGUCCUGGCUGAAGAUUUCAACAUGUCUCGCACCGACGAGGUUCACCGCUUAACGGAAAAUGUCUAUAAGACCAUCAUGGAGCAGUUCAACCCAUGCUUACGGAACUUUGUUGCCAUGGGGAAGAACUACGAGAAGGCCCUCGCCAAUGUGACAUUUGCUGCAAAAGGCUACUUUGAUGCCCUGGUGAGGAUGGGUGAGCUGGCCAGUGAAAGUCAAGGAUCCAAAGAUUUGGGGGAUGUGCUGUUCCAGAUGGCUGAGGUCCACAGACAAAUCCAAGUGCAGCUAGAGGAGAUGUUGAAAUCCUUCCACAAUGAGCUGCUCUCUGAGCUUGAGAAGAAGGUGGAGCUGGAUGCUCGAUAUUUGACUGCUGCCUUGAAGAAAUACCAGGUGGAGCACAAAAGCAAAGGGGAGAGUCUGGAGAAGUGCCAAGGUGAACUAAAGAAGCUGCGCAGGAAGAGCCAGGGUAGCAAGAACCCCUCCAAGUACGGAGAGAAGGAGAUGCAGUUUGUGGAGACCAUCAGCAGCAAGCAGACAGAGCUGGACACCUUCAUCGCUGAGGGAUACAAGACAGCUUUAUCAGAGGAGCGUCGCCGGUACUGCUUCCUGGUGGACCGACAGUGUGCUGUGGCCAAGAACAGCAGUGCCUACCAUGGCAAGGGGAAAGACCUUCUAACCCAGAAGAUCCCGGUGUGGCUGCAGGCCUGCUCAGACCCCAACAAGCUGCCGGAGAGGGCCAUGCUCCUGGCCCAGCAGAUGGGCUCCGCUGCGCUCGGGGGAACAAGUCCCCUGCACACUUCCAAAUCCAACCUAGUCAUCUCGGACCCCAUCCCCGGGGCUCAACCUCUUCCCGUCCCUCCAGAGUUGGCCGUCUUCAUGGGUAGCGGCCUCGGACAUCAGGCGAGACUGAUGGGCCCUGAUGGGAUGUCCAUGGUUAACGGGACAACAGGGGUCCACGGUGAAGAGUAUUGGGGUGAAGGCGGAUCACUGUCCCAAGUGAGGCCUUCGUCGCCUCAGACCCAGCCACAAGGCCCGUCCCAGGCUCUGCCCCAGAGACAGGUCAGCGAUGUGUACUCCAACACCCUUCCCGUCCGCAGGCCGGCCCCCGCCAAGAAUAAAAACCCAGUGGGAGAGACGAGGACCCUGCCCAGGUCCAGCUCCAUGGCGGCAGGAUUGGAAAAGAACGGGCGCGCCCGUGUUCAGGCCAUCUUCUCUCACGCUGCAGGCGACAACAGCACCCUGCUCAGCUUCUCCGAGGGAGACGUCAUCACCCUGCUAGUGCCUGAAGCCCGCGAUGGAUGGCACUAUGGAGAGAAUGAGAAAAACAAGAUGCGUGGCUGGUUCCCAUUCUCCUACACACGCGUGCUGCCUGAAAGUGACGGUGACAAGCUCAGAGUGAACCUCCACCACGGGAAAAGCAGCAGCACAGGGAACUUGUUGGAGAACGAUCCCUCACUGCCCACACCCGACUACGGCCUGACCGCCCGGCUGCUGGCUCAGAGCCUCGCACAGACCCGCCCGCGCCCCUACAGCAUGGCAGGCUUUGGCCCACAGCCUGCUAUUGAGGAUUAUGAUGGCCGCUUUGCCACAAGUUUGGGUCCAGAAUUGUCCCGGUUCUGAGGGAACAGGACCUCCUGACCGCUCCCUGGAGGUCUUCCUCCGGCCCAACUUCACUGAUGACCGAUCUGCACCCAUCUACUACUAGCAGCCUGCUGCCCCCCUUUUUCCACUCAUGGGCACUACUUUUUUUUUUAAUAAGAUGAAAACAACAGCCUUGAUUGGCAUGUUUAAUUGUUAAAAUCAAAGGGCCCAGAAGUGCGACCAGGGAGGAAAAAAAAGAAAAGAAAAAAAAAAAAAGUCACCUGAGUGAACAAGUUACACUACUGAAAAUUUAGAGCAAACGUGAUAGUAGAUUUUAUGAAACUAGUUCACACCAGUUAUGGAUAAGUUACAGCUAACAAGUUUAUCUAGUGAUGCCUUUACACGAUUAUUGAUCUGCACUUCUGUUAUGGAAUCAGCUUUUUUUUCCAACUCUAGACACUGUAAAUUUCAUUGACGGAUAAUUUGCAUUGUUCAGGAAGGAAAGACUGCAUUUCUUGUUUAACCGAGGGCAAAUAUGAGUUUGGGUGGCGUUGCAUCACUGUGAUGUGAAAGGAACACCAUAGAGGGCUCAUAUGGGACAGUUUGCUUGUAAAGAUUAAUUUCACUUUUGUUAAGUCAUAUAAAACUUUAUAUUUGCUUGUUCUGAUACAGUAUACCCAGAUUUUCAAUGUGGGAACUGUGCCUUCUAAGCAUUUUUCUUCUCUUUUUUUAAUUUAUGACAGUGUCAUUGUCCCUCUUCUUUACAUUUUGAUUUGGUAUUAUGCAGCAUACUUCUUGUGUUUUCUUUUUUUUUUAUAUAUAAUCCUGAAGUUAUCGAUAGGAUUAUUUCACCUUAUGUUUUGACAUUAUUUUUUUUGCUUGAGUGAGCUUUAGUACAGUGCAGUGGCACACAAUUGAAUUAGUCUUUCUUUAUAUUUGAAUUUCAGCAAUACUUAAGCUGCCGGAUGGCCAGAAGAUUCAAUAAAAAGCAUACACAAUGGGGCUUGUUUGUUUAGUACUUAGCUUUGAGGGAGCGGUAGCUUAUAAGGUCCAGUAUUAUCAUUGGCUUUUGAUCAUUUAUUCUCAGUAUUACACAGCGCGCUCGUCCGGGUACAAGCUGGAAGCCGAGGCAUUUCUGUACAUCAGGAUGUGUGAGGAUAGUGGUGAAAGGCACUGAAAAAAUAAAAUAUCAGUGGCUGUGUGAAUGCGUUAACAUGCCUCUUAGCAUUAUAUUAAUUGUUAAAUCAUGAUUUUUCUUUUUAAGUUACACAGAGAUAUGAUCUUGCUUUAAUUGCAAAAUUCACCUGACAUCAACUUCUUUUCAAAUUCCUUUUUUUUUUUUUUUACUUUUAUAUAGCUCAUUUUCUCCAUUUCUCACCUCUGUCCCUGUUUGUAUUGUAUCUGUACUGUACAGAAAAUAUAUAAAUUAUCCCUGUGCAAAAUAAAUUGAAACAUGCACAAAUGUCAGUUUUAUGUGUUGUGCUGUGUCAUAUUUUGAUGUUUGUUUUGCAGAAAGUGCAUAUAAAUAC